UUCAUCUUGCUUCCCUUUCGUUUUGUUGCUGCAACAAAUUUCAAGGCUUAUUCGUCGAUGACUACGAGCUGCUGGUUCUUAGUCUUCAUCAGGGUUUGUUGGCUGCCACUGGUGCUUGUGGCGGCCAAAGAGCAGCAAGGAUAUGGCUGCACAGCGGAGAGGUGCGGCAACCUCACCAUCUCCUCCUCACUCUGGCUUUCCGACUUGGAGACGGGGAGACCAUGCGGUCCCAGGGACUUCGAGGUCGCUUGCUCGAACAACACUCCAGUUCUCCGGAGCUCUCAAUCCACUACAUUUGCAAUCAUGAACAUCUCCUAUGAGGAACGCAGUUUGCAUGUCGUUGAUCUACACAAAGAGGAAGACUUCAACUGCCAUUUUCCGAGAUGGAACACCUCUGGCGAACUGGGACUCCUGUUUAAGGUCAGCCCUACUAACAUGAACCUCAUCUUCUACAACUGCACCAAAACGGCAACACAUCUGCAAAGGGUGCUGGUGGAGAUGAGUUGUGGGAAUGGGAGCAAUGCAUUUGUUCACGCGGGAGUACCUUACGACCCAACCAGGGUCUACGGCGGCUAUGCCUUGGAGGGCUGUGAUACUAUCAUCAUGCCGGUGCUGGGCUCGUUGAGCGAGGCGAAUGCGAGCGAGUACAAGAAGCUCAUCAGCGACGGUUUCCUCUUGACAUGA